CUCAAAAAAAAAAAAAAAAAAAAGAAUGGAAACCUGGGUGUCAUCCUUGAUUUUUCCCUCUCUCACGUCCCCUAUAGCCCAUCAGACAUCAAGUCUUGUAAAUUCUAUCUCCUAACUCUGUCUGUCCUCACUGCCAUUCUCUUAGGUCCUCUGAUUCCAUGUCCUCAGUCUGCCUUCAAGCCUCUCCUCCCCCCAAGCCUCUGAUCUAUCUUGUUUACUAUAGAGCAGAUGCAGACAGAAACUGAGUUGCAGAGACACAAUGAGAGAUACAGCUGGCCCAGUGGGCUUUUGCUGCAUAACCAUUUUGCCAUGUGCCACAAAAUCUCAGUGGCAAACAAACAUUUACUCCCAGGCUUAUGGUCUUCGGGUUGACAGCAAGUGGCUUAUCUAAACUGGACUUGGUUGGGCAGCUCUGCUCAGGCCACUGGUCUGGCUCAGCUGGGGUCUUCCUCGCUCUGGGCUGGGCUCAGGCCUGUUCCUCAUGUGUUCAUUCUGGGGGUACAGACUAAAGAAGAAUCUUCCGAAGAAAAGACUCUCAGUUUCCUUCCCCCAAAAGCAGACCCAUAGACAAGUACAUGGGUGCAGUGAACUUCUUUAUAAAGUGAUCCCAAGAAAUACAAGUCAGGGAGUGGCAAAGUCAGAUAGAGAAGAGAAAAGCAGCCAGUUAAAAGCCUAUUACCACUGUGAUCAACUAGUCCCACCGGGGACCCUCUAUGGGACAGGAAGUCUGACUUCCAGACCUCAUUGGUUGAAGGCUGUCCUCGGGAACAUUAAAUCCCCUACACUUUUGGCCUGCCCUGUGCUUGCAAAAAUACAGGCUCCCAGGGUGAUGAAGAACGCCUCAGACACAGAAAAAUGUGAGCCCUAGAAGUGGGAGGCUGACAGCCUGCGUGAGAACUAUCCACUGCACCUGCAUGUGGACUCGAAGACGGUGUCCGGGAAUAUGGGCUGAGGAAACCACAGGGUCAGAUGAGGAAACUGAGACUCAAAGAGAGACAGCAACUGGCCCAGGGUCACCAGCAUGCAGAUGCCUGCUAUGAUGUCUCUGCUUCUUGUGUCUGUGGGCCUCGUGGAAGCACUUCAGGCCCAGAGCCACCCCAUCACACGACGAGACCUCUUCUCUCAAGAGAUGCCGCUGGACAUGGCCCUGGCUUCCUUUGAUGACCAGUACGCUGGCUGUGCUGCUGCCAUGACAGCUGCUCUUCCAGAUCUCAACCACACGGAGUUCCAGGCCAACAAGGUGUAUGCAGACGGCUGGACACUGGCAAGCAGCCAAUGGCAGGAGCGCCAGGCCUGGGGGCCAGAGUGGAGUCUCAGCCCUACCCGUCCACCCCCGCCACCCCUGGGCUUCCGCGAUGAGCAUGGGGUGGCCCUCCUGGCCUACACAGCCAACAGCCCCCUGCACAAGGAGUUCAAUGCAGCCGUGCGUGAGGCAGGUCGCUCCCGGGCCCACUACCUCCAUCACUUCUCCUUCAAGACACUCCAUUUCCUGCUGACCGAGGCCCUGCAGCUCCUGGGCAGGGGCCAGCGUCCACCCCGGUGCCACCAGGUGUUCCGAGGUGUGCAUGGCCUGCACUUCCGGCCAGCAGGGCCCGGGGCCACUGUGAGGCUGGGGGGCUUUGCUUCCGCCUCCCUGAAGAAUGUUGCGGCCCAGCAGUUUGGUGAGGACACCUUCUUUGGCAUCUGGACCUGCCUCGGGGCCCCUAUCAAGGGCUACUCCUUCUUCCCUGGAGAGGAAGAGGUGCUGAUCCCCCCCUUCGAGACCUUCCAAGUGAUCAAUGCCAGCAGACCGGCCCAGGGCCCCGCCCGCAUCUACCUCCGGGCUCUGGGCAAGCGCAGCACCUACAACUGCGAGUACAUCAAAGACAAGAAGUGCAAGUCUGGGCCUUGCCAUCUGGAUAAUUCAGCCAUGGGUCAGAGCCCCCUCUCUGCAGUUUCGUCUCUGCUGCUGCUGCUCUGGUUCCUCGCAGUGAGGGCCUUUCCAGACAGUCCAGGCCUCCUUUGAUGCAUGAGACACGGGACAGCCUCACCUGCUGCCUCUGCCCAUCCUGAGGAUGUUGGCGAUGUGUGCUUUCAGUGUAAUCAAGAUUCCUGGCAACCCCAUCUGCAGGGAACUCUGGGACCUUCUCUGGUAGCUGCCAGACCUGCUGGUGGAGAAACAGGAGACAAUUUGGGGACUGAACCUUACCCAGGGCUCUAGGAGUGAGACUCUGAAUAAAGGGUUGGGCCGGCGGUGUGGGGGGUACUUCAAGACAGGCAGCAACUCACUUGGAGAUAGAAAGACUUCAGUUGAUUUGGGGGGUGACUGGAGAGGAAAGCACUUCGCAGUGAUACCUGUUGGUGUUACUCAGAUGCCUCACAUGUCCAUCUGGAAAGCUCUUGUUCACUCCUCCAGGAAGCCUUCUGUGACCUCUCCCACCCAGCUGGGGUAGUGACCCUGCCUCUGUGCUUCCACAGAGCCCUGAAUGCUUCCGUAUACCACAUGUCCAUGUCUGUCUGCCAUGUCAAACUGUGAGCUUCCUGAGGGAAGGGACUGGGUCAGAGGCACAGAGGUAGUGCCAGGAAAUGUGUGAAACUCAGAAAGGAACAAAUACCUGUGAAUGGCUGGUCCCUGCACUGCCCCUGCCUUGGACACUGUCAAGCUCUCAGUGUCCGAGUGUGAGAAUGGGGUGGACGGUGCCUAACUCCAGCACACAGAGAGAAGGAGAGAUGGAAGAGAGAGCUCUAGUCCUCCAUCAGCACCUCAGCCAAAUCCCAUUCUUUUGUCAGCACAGAUGUAACUUCUGCUCUAAUCCAUGAGUCCUGAGGCUCCUCUCAUCAUGGCUCACUGUAGCCUCAAACUCCUGGGCUCAAGAGAUCCUCCCACCUCAGCCUCCCAAGUAGCUGGGA